AUGGCCCACGAGCGCCCCUCGCUCUCGCACCUCGCCGACAAGUUCAACACAGAGGCGCCACCGGGCUACCUCUCGGGCGAUGCGGGCGACACGCGCGACCUCGACCUCGGCGGGACGGAGCGGUUUGAGGUGGAGCGCACGUCGAUGAGCCAGGCGGAGGCGGGGUACGCGAUCGAGCCGUUCAACAUGAAGCAGGAGCGCGCGGAGGGGCACUUUGACGACGACUUCAACUACGUGUGGAAGCGGCGCGGCGACGAGGCGGACGAGACCAACGACGCGAUCGAGUCUCACGUCUGUGGGACUCUCAAGGUCGCUAAGCGUGAGGGUGCACUCCGGGCCACACCCCGGACCACGCGUGCUUCGAGCUUCGAGAGGAGGAGUCCGUCUUCACCGUCGGUCGGGACCUCGGCGGGCGGCGGCGAGAAGAGCCGCUUCGAGGCUCUGACUGAGGCUGCCGACCGGCUGCUACGAGCGGGCCGGUUUGACAUCUACUCUGAGACGCGCGCCACGUUGGCCGAGCUGGCGGGAGGCGAGGGCAGCCCUCCGGGGGGAGUGACGGCAGAGGCGCACUCGUGA